UUUCAUAUAUUAUUUUGUCAGAUUUUUGUGCUCAUCUUUGGCUGGGAUUCCGGGCAGUUUCCGAGCAAAAAAAACUUUUUUAAAUACGAAAAAUCCGAAGCCUUUCAUAUCGAGAUUUGAAGAGAGGAGAGGAGAGGAGAGUUUAUGAUUUACCUAGGGCUCGUGGUGAACAAGGAUUCCGGACGCUCUUUGUAUUUGAAGUCUUACAUUUCUUCUUCUUGGUUGCUUUUCCCUCGUAGGGUUUAUAUAGCGAGAAUUGAGACGAAAAUGUCAGCAAGAGAUUCUCAGGAAGCAGAAUCGCCCAGUCCUGUUUGUUCCAACUACUUGGGUUCGGCAGAAGAAUCUAUUCCGGCUGGGGUAAAAUUUGUUCGUAGCACAAGCACUUUGGGGAGAAAAAGAGUUGUUUUAUCCAAGUCUGCAGAUUUUUCCCCACAUUGUGGUUCAUCAUCAUCCCCUAAGAAGCUGUGCAGAAGGUCGACAAUGGAGAGAUCGAAUCACCUGGAGGCACUGCCUCUAGAUGUCCUGGUAAAGAUAUUAUGUAAGGUCGAUCAUAGUGACCUAAGCCAACUCCUCUUGCUAUCCAAGACUCUGAGUCAAGCUACAUCAAUUGCUAAAGAAAUGCAUUUUGCUUUUGCCACUCCAAUUUCAAACCGUGUCUCCAAGGAAGAUGCCGAUGGCCACGAAGAAGAGGCUCCAAACGCGCCGAUACGACAUAGGGUUACUAGAUCAAGGCUCAGUGCUUUAAGCCUUUCGAGUAUUACUGCAGUUCUCUUUCCCUCUCGUGUGGAUCAAUGAUCAAAUUCUGUGGGAACGAUUUGUAGGUCUACACAGGUUUUAUAAGUUUAGGUUAGGUCUCUCACACAGAUUAGUAAUUCAUGAUUUGGUUUGUAAAGCCAUAUAGGUACACAAGUAAAGUGUUAUAUUACUCCAAGCCAUCUUCAACUCCUUCAUUGAAGAGGAAUGGCUUUAUGUUAUUUAUGAAACCAUUUUUAUGAAUAAUAAAGAAGAGGAUUAACCCUUCUUGUCAUGUAAUAAUGCUCCUUAAAGUUAGCAUAUAUAUUUAUAUAGCAUGAUUCUUGAA